AUGAAAUUCAGCCAACGGUUGCACGAAAUCAUAUAUUCGUUAAGUACUGAUGAUAAGUAUUCCGAAUUUGACUCUAGAAAGUCAUUCAACAGAGUCAACAAACCAGAUUCCGAGAAUCUCUUGGGCAUGAACUCGCUGUACAACAACUCAUCGGUUGAUUCAAUCCAUAAUAUAACCACCAACGAACCAAGUGAUGGAUCCGAAGGUGUACAUGAAAUGAGAUUAGCCUGGAGACAUAUAAAGCACUGGUUGGUCAAAUAUGCACCUGAUUUAAACAGCUCUUUACUGAGCAAAUGUACUUCAGCAGAUUUGGAAGAUUUUCAAAAAGAUUUACACAUCAAACUACCACAAUCAGUGUUUCAAUUUUUUAAAAUCACCGAUGGUCAACUGAACUUUGGCAACCAAUUGAAUAUAGAUACCAAUGGUCUCAUUUUUGGGUUGAGAUUGAUGUCCUUGGAUGAUAUAAUGAUACAGACUGAAAAUUGGAGAAAAGUUGCAGACUACAUCAACACUGGCAUCAGCCAACAAAACAAUAAGGCAAAUGGUCUAAGUAAAUUACCAGUCUCACAUGCAAGCUCAAGUCAAUACAAGAAAAAACUAGGUCUCAACACUAGUAGUGAGCUAUCGUCUGCUGAAACCUCAUUUGACUUGACAGAUACACAAUCAAGAAAAACAUCAGUUUCUUCUCAUGAUGCAGACUUGACAAGUACCAAAUCCACUCAUAAUCAUCUACGUAUGCCAAAGCAAAGAUCCAUUCCUCCGAAAAUGAUUCACGAAACUUUUGCCCACCCAAUGUGGAUUCCAUUAGCGACUGAUGAAGUUGGUAAUUACAUUGGAAUUGAUCUCUCUCCCCCACCAGCUGGUAAGUGGGGCCAAGUUAUUCUCUUUGGGAGAGAUUUCGAUUUCAAGUUUCAAAUUGCCGACACCUGGGGUGAUUUCUUGUUGAUUUUCGCCAAUGAUUUAGAAAUGGGCAAUUGGGAUAUCAAGGCGAACAGAAAGAAUAACGAUGGGGACUUGUUUAUUGGUAAUGAAGGCGAAAUCGUGUUUGUUGAUAAAGAGUCUAAAUUGGAGGUGCCGUAUUUGGAAGUGUUGAAACGAAGAGCAGUCAAGAAGUGGAUGACAAAGAUGGAGAAUGAGCCACCAGAGAAUGUGAAUAAAGAGUUAUUGGAUGAAUUGAAACAGAAUGAAGUUUCGAUUCUCGCGCUACAUAACAAGAGCUUCCAAUCUAUAGACACAUUCAUUACGAAGAACUUGAAUUUGCUAGAUCAUGCGAAAUCUCUUCAGACGUCGAGUAAUAACGAUAAUGAAGAAGAAGAUGACGAGGAUGACGAUGAGGACGAUGAAGAAGACGAUAUCAAACAAGUGUCGAAGCCCAAAAAGACUGAAGACAAAUUGAAAAUCAAUUCCAAAGCAAAUAGUAGCAAGAGCCCACUAUCUCAAGAAGUGACAGAAGACGAUCAAGAUUUGGACGAUGCUGAAGAAAAUAAUCCCACGCCGGACGAUGACAAAACUUUACAAGAAGUAGAUUUUAGAACAUAG